AUGGCGUCGAGUGAUGGUGAAGCACGGCUGCACUGUCUGGGCGGAGUGCCCUCUGCCCAUAACCUCAAGCUUCUUGCCUAUGUCAAGGACGUGUGUGACUGGAGUGACGGCGACCUUGUGAUGCAGUUUCUGCAUGCGAUCAUCGAUGACCUCUGCUCCAAGCCGCAGUCGUACGUGCAGCGGUUCCAAGAGUGCGCGUCGAUCGACUCGAUUCUCGGCUCGGUGGAGGCCUUCAAGCUGCUGUUCACCAACGCGAUCAAGUUCUCGCUGUCGAACGAGGCCAUUGCCAGCGAUCUUGCCACCCUCGGCGUCGACCGCAAGCUUUUUGCGCCGAUUGUCGGCGUCCUCCGCUCGCGGACAGAUGAACUCCGACUUGCCCUUGUUGUAGCCUCGUCGCAGAUUGCCUCGGCGUACAUGACCGACUUUGACUGGAAACUCAACGUGACGCUCGGCUCGGACAAGAUCGCCGCUCUCCACCAGCCCAAGCUUCUGCUCAACGUGCAAGUCGAGCAGGUCUCGGGCGAGUCGUCGGACAUGACCGUCGAGUUCACCAAGGAGUCGCUCGACGAGAUGCUCGCCCAGAUGGAGGCGCAGAGGGUGGCGGGAGCAAAGUAG